AUGAAGUGGGCAGGAGUGGUGGUGCACAUAUAGAGGGGUGGAGAGGGCGCGGCUUGUUCAGACGCUCUCUGUCCUGACGACGACGAUGAUGUCGCCGAAGUUGAUAUUUUUGUUAGGAUCCCUGUGCCUUGCUGCGACACAGGUCAGAGCACAAGAUGAUGAGGGAGGUGACGGACUUGACGCAAACGCCGAGGAACUUUGCCAGGACAGGCCGGGUGACGAGUACUUUCGCUUGAACCUUGAAGGAGACUGUCGCGAUGUAGUGAGGUGCGACAAGGCCACCGAGAUCGGCGUGACCAGGCUGGCGACGGUGCGGUGCCCCACGGGUCUCGCCUUCGACAUCGAGCGGCAGACUUGCGACUGGAAGACGAACGUGAAGAACUGCGAUCAGCUCGAGAAGCCGCGUAAAGUUUUGCCCAUCCUCAAGACCGACGAACCCAUUUGCCCGGAGGGAAAGCUGUCGUGCGGAAACGGCGAGUGUAUCGAGAAGGAUCUCUUCUGCAACGGCACGCCCGAUUGCAAGGACGAGUCUGACGAGAACGCCUGCACCGUGGAGACCGAUCCUAAUCGCGCUCCCGAUUGCGAUCCCACGCAAUGCGUCCUGCCCGAUUGCUACUGUUCCGCCGACGGUACUCGCAUCCCCGGCAACAUCGAUCCUCAACAAGUGCCGCAAAUGAUCACCAUCACGUUCAACGGCGCCGUGAACGUCGACAACAUCGAUCUGUACGAGGAGAUCUUCAACGGACAACGUCAGAACCCGAACGGCUGCCAGAUCCGCGGUACCUUCUUCGUCUCGCACAAGUACACCAAUUAUUCGGCCGUGCAGGAUCUUCACCGACGCGGCCACGAGAUCGCUGUGUUCUCGUUGACCCACAAGGAGGAUCCGCAGUAUUGGAGCCAGGGAACGUACGAUGACUGGCUGGCCGAGAUGGCCGGCGCCAGGUUGAUCAUCGAGCGUUUCGCCAACAUCACCGAUGGCUCCAUCAUUGGUAUGCGCGCUCCUUACCUCAGGGUCGGCGGUAACAAACAGUUCGAGAUGAUGGCCGAUCAAUUCUUCGUGUACGACGCUUCCAUCACCGCGUCUUUGGGACGUGUGCCCAUCUGGCCGUACACUCUGUACUUCAGAAUGCCUCACAAGUGUAAUGGUAACGGCGGCAACUGUCCAUCGAGGUCGCAUCCGGUCUGGGAGAUGGUGAUGAACGAAUUGGACCGUAGAGAUGAUCCGACCUUCGACGAGUCGCUGCCAGGUUGUCACAUGGUCGACUCGUGCUCCAACAUACAGAGCGGCGAACAGUUUGCCCGUCUGCUCAGGCAUAACUUCAACAGACAUUUCAACAGCAACCGGGCACCACUUGGUCUGCAUUUCCACGCGUCCUGGCUGAAAAGCAAAAAAGAAUACAAAGAUGAGUUGAUCAAGUUCAUCGAGGAGAUGAUCGCCAGGAGCGACGUGUAUUUCGUUACCAUGGUCCAGGUGAUCAAAUGGAUGCAGCAGCCCACUGAGCUUUCCGCGCUUAGAGACUUCCAAGACUGGAAAGAGACUUGCGAUGAGAAGGGUCUACCCUAUUGCUCCCUGCCCAAUGCUUGCCCUCUGACGACUAGAGAAUUGCCUGGCGAGACUCUGCGUCUCUUCACUUGCAUGGAGUGUCCCAACAAUUAUCCGUGGUUGUUGGACCCAACUGGCGACGGCUUCUCCGCGAGGAAGUGAUUCAUCAUCCGCGAGAUGAACAACGCCGGUCGCGCGAUCCGAUCUUUAAAUAGAUCGCUCGGAGACGAUCGUCGAUUAGUCGUUAUCACGCCAACGUGAUAACGCCGAAAUCACACCCAUUGCCCAUUGCCGGCGAUUAACCGGGACAAUUGAAUUGUGACUCUAGGAAGAAGACACGGAAGCAAGGAAUAAUCGCGACAACGGGCGUGCCGAUUCUCGAAGUGAGAUCAUGGAAUUAUUUUAUCGCGAUUAGAAAGGAUCACCUUGGUCGAAAAUAGAAUUGUUAAAGUAGAGCGAGGCACAUUCUGUUCUUGAAAGCGCGUCCCCCGCCCGAUUUCUCCGAGUCCGCGACAGUCUCGACUAUUAUUAUUAUUUAUGUAAAUUAGAAUCGCGCUGAAUAAAAAGGAAAGGAAAAGUCGCGAUGCGAUCGCGAGGAUGCGUCGCGUAUCGAUCUCUUGUCUUGUGCUACUUUUUUUUCCGCACCCACGAAACGCGAGGUCGUUCGUGAUCAAUGCUUCUCGCGAGAAUCGCGAUGCUCGACGACGAGGGCAAAACAUGGAAACAUCCCACUUGUAAAUAACCAUACCGGAUUCUUCCUGCUCUCUUUCCUCUCCUCCACUUUCUUGCCGAUUCAACUUCUCAUAGUUUUCUAGAAGCCUGUGUACGCGAGACGACAAUGGACUCUCAUGGCUCUAAUAGAGCGAGAAAUAAACAAUAAAUAUACACUAUCUCAUGCCACUCCUUGAACAUAUACUCCUUAGAAUUUAAGCGAUAUGCGAAUAUCUAAGUGAUUUUUAGUAAACUGAAAAUAUUUCCGAAUAAAAACCAUACGCGUAGAAAAAACAAA